CGACGGCCCCGGGCGCCCGGCCCGAACCUGUCAGACCCGCGGAGCCGGCCUGGAGCUGCGGGCGCUGCAGGCGAGAGAUCGGGCCGUCCCCCGCGGCUCCGGGCCGAGCUGAGCAAGCCAGACCCACCGACCCGGCCGGGGGCGGGGAGAUGAGCGGCAGCCCUUCGGUGGCUCCCCAGAGAGACGCGCCGCCCCCUCGCGGAGCCGCGGCGCCUCCGAGCUGGCCCUGCGCCCCGCGCCGCCCGGGGCUUCGGAACUUGUGGGCUCCGAUGGAGCGCCUUUAAUCUAGAACGCGUUUCGUUUUCCACAGGAUGGGGAGGGACGCGCGGCCGUGCCACCGGGAGCUGGCGCUCCAGUGAAGCGGGAGCCCCGGCCGUCCGCCCGCCUGCGCGGAGCCGUUCGGCGCCGCGGCAGCGCAGCCUCUGCCAUGGCCGGAUCCGGCGCGUGGAAGCGCCUCAAAUCUCUGCUGCGGAAGGACGAUGCGCCGCUGUUUUUAAAUGACACGAGCGCCUUUGACUUCUCAGACGAAGCGGGGGAUGAGGGGCUUUCUCGGUUUAACAAACUUCGAGUUGUGGUGGCCGAUGACGGUUCCGAAACCCCGGAAAGGCCUAUUAACGGGGCGCACCUGGCCCUCCAGGCCGACGAUGAUUCCUUACUGGACCAGGACUUACCCUUGACCAACAGUCAGCUGAGUUUGAAGGUGGACCCCUGUGACAACUGCAGCAAACGGAGGGAGUUGCUGAAGCAGAGAAAAGUGAAAACCAGGUUGACCAUUGCUGCCGUUCUGUACUUGCUUUUCAUGAUUGGAGAACUUGUAGGUGGAUACAUUGCAAAUAGCCUAGCAAUCAUGACAGAUGCUCUUCAUAUGUUAACUGACCUAAGUGCUAUUAUACUGACCCUGCUUGCUUUGUGGCUGUCUUCAAAAUCACCAACCAAAAGAUUCACCUUUGGAUUUCAUCGCUUAGAGGUUUUAUCAGCUAUGAUUAGUGUGCUGUUGGUGUAUAUACUUAUGGGAUUCCUCCUAUAUGAAGCUGUCCAAAGAACCAUCCAUAUGAAGUAUGAAAUAAAUGGAGAUAUCAUGCUUAUUACUGCAGCUGUUGGAGUUGCCGUUAACAUAAUAAUGGGGUUUCUGCUGAACCAGUCUGGUCACCAUCAUGCCCAUUCCCACUCCCUGCCUUCAAAUUCUCCUACAACAGGUUCUGGGUGUAGACACAGCCAUGGGCAGGAUAGCCUGGCAGUGAGGGCUGCGUUCGUUCAUGCUCUGGGGGACUUGGUACAAAGUGUUGGUGUGCUAAUAGCUGCAUACAUCAUACGAUUCAAGCCAGAAUACAAGAUCGCUGAUCCCAUCUGUACAUAUGUAUUUUCAUUACUUGUGGCUUUUACAACAUUUCGCAUCAUAUGGGACACAAUAGUUAUAAUACUAGAAGGUGUACCAAGGCAUUUGAAUGUAGACUAUAUCAAAGAAGCCUUGAUGAAGAUAGAAGAUGUUCAUUCAGUGGAAGAUUUAAAUGUUUGGUCUCUCACUUCAGGAAAACCCAUGGCCAUAGUACACAUACAGCUAAAUCCUGGAAGUUCAUCUAAAUGGGAGGAAGUACAGUCCAAAGCCAAGCAUUUAUUACUGAGCACGUUUGGUAUGUAUAAAUGUACUGUUCAGCUUCAGAGUUACAGGCAAGAAGUGGACAGAACUUGUGCAAACUGUCAGAAUUCCAGUUCCUAAUUUUAGACAUGUCGGGGACGACUGCCUUCCUCACCCUGCAGUCAGAGACUUGAGAGCAAUAAACGCACACCAAAACGGGAAAGUGGGGUCCUGACAGCCGUGUCCAUGUCAGGCACCGGGCUCGCAGACAGUCGGCCUGAGAGUGCUCGUUUCUGUCGAAAGGUAAAAUGAGACCUCACCAUGAUUUUUAGAUGAAGAUGUUUCCAAAACACUGUUUACAGAACGAGAUGUGACUCUACAGAUACCUCAGAGAAGACAAUCCAAGAUGAUACUUCAUUAAAUACAACAGAGUGUAUGUCAUAAAGGAAGCAUCAAGAAUUCUGUAUUUGCAUUUAAAAAUCCUUUUUAAAGCCCAUUUUAUAUCAAACUCAUGCUGGAAAACUGAAUUUUUAAAAACAUAACCUUGACACUCAGCUUCUGGAAUUUGACACCCAACUCUCUUUUUACAGAAAUUAUUUCUCAACAGAUUUCAGAAAGUACUAGUAAUUAUCCAGAGUGGAAUAAGCAUGUAUUCCUAAGUGUUUCAGAAAUGUUUUUCUUCACAAAUAAGUCUUAAUGCUAUUGUUGUACCUUACAAACAAGUUUUUCCAAAUGUUAUAGGGUUUUGAAUCCCAAAGUUAAUGCUUUUGGUUAUUUGUAAUCUUAUCAGAACCGAAUCUUUGUCACUGUCAUUAAAUUGCUUAGGAAAUAUUUUCAGUAUUAUUCUGAAUGGCAGAAGUUAAUCUUAAAUUGAAAUUACUAUAUGAUAAUUUAAACAAAAUACAGACACAAGGAUGGGGUAUGAAGAGUCAGAUUUAAGUCUUCUUGAAACCACUUUUAUUGUUCAUAGAAUUUAUCUUAAGAACAGCAAGAGACUGCAAAAUGUAAACAAUGAUGCUCUGUCCUUGUAAGAACUGCCUUAUGUUUUAUACAGAAAGCUUGCCUGGUACCUUGCUUCCUGCCUUCAUACCAGUUAAUCUGUGUGCGCCCUUUCAGGGUGGAACUCUGGAGGGCUGAGGAUCAGAUUGUGAUACCCACCUCUUGCAUGUAGAUUAACUACAUUCCUCCAGAGAGAAUUUCUGUUUGAUGAUAUGGGUUAGGGAUUCUCCAUGGACUGCGGAAACCAUAAGAUAUAAUUUUGAGGUUUUCUAGUAAUACCAUAGCAGAAAAGCUGAAAGGGAUUGGGGGAAGAUAUUACUCUGAGAAGACAAAAAUUUUAAGGAUUUUUGACUCUGUGCGCGCGCGCGCGAGAGAGAGAGAGAGAGAGAGAGAGAGAGAGAGAGAGAGAGAAUGUGUGUGUGUGUGUGUGUGUGUAUGUUUCAAAGCACUGGAGUAGGAUGAACAUUAAAUCUGUGUAGUAGGGAGGCUAAGCAUAAGUCUCUAAACAGAAGGCAAUGUAAUCGGUAACAGUUGCAUUAAAGAGGCAACUGUGAAUAUUCAUGUUUCAUUUUGCAACUGUUGGUUUUGCUCUUAUCUUUGUGCAAGUUAGUAGUCCAUUUUCAGCAGAGGAUCAGAGUAAAGUAACAAUGUACCAGACCGGUUGUGAGAUGAAAUCUUAGAUCAGAAAACAGAUGACUUAAAAUUUAAGUAAAGAUUAUGAAACAGAUUUCAUCUUUAUACCAAGUACCUCACUGUAAGUAAACCUAAGAUAAAACCUGGGUUUACCUAAAAGAUUGUUAAGAGUUGAUGAUAUCCAACAAAAGGAUCAAUGGAGGUUAAUGGUACCUAAUAAAGCCCAGGGUUGGUUGAAUUGAAUUGCAAAUUUUAUAGAAUUCUUACCGUGAAUCCAUUUAAUGACAAUUAGAAUUUUUCAAAAAUUUCAGGAGCAUAUAAACUGUUUAAAUAAAAAAACACUCUUAAAUAUUGAAGGCAGGUAAGAAUAAAUGAGAGGCAUGUCAGUGCACAUCUGGGCAUUUAUGGCUUUGUGCAUCUAGCAAGAGAAAGGAAGAGAAUGUACAUUAUGUGGCAGUGAAUAUUCCCAGGUCUGCAGUUGCUUCCCGUAUCUACUGAGCUCGUUUCUCGUAGACUUUCCUUUAUCUUAAGUAGAUAUGCCUAACUUUUCAUAUCAACUAGUUCCUUGAAAAAUUAUUGGGUAAAAGUCUAAAAUCCAUUUGAGGAUUGGAAAGGAUACCUUUGGAAAAUGCGUAAACACUGAAAACUUUUGUAAAUCUUAAUUACUGUGUUCUAUUUAAAUUGGGUACACAAAGUUUUCUGUGCUUUUUUUUGUAGCAAGAACUACAGAUUUUGUACUUUACUGGGUCUGUGAGAUUUGAUAAUUGAUAGGUUUAACUUUUUGUAACUAGACAAAAACUGCCCAGAAGGGUGUGCAUUUAGCAGAUGCAAGCAGGGACCGCCCAGCCUCUGACACACAGCCAUUGUUCUGCCCUCCCGCACCACACCCGCGGCACCAGUUCCACCCCUCCGCCAGCUCGGAGAGCAAGGGCGUUCGUGUAUCACGGUUCGUUUUGCUCUGGCAGAACAGAUCAUAACAUAAACACUGGGCAGCUCUUCAGCGAGACAUGUUUUAAUUAAUAUUCGCAAAUGAUCGAAGUUGCGUACAUAAACCUGUGUUUCACAACUCUGGCCAGAUGUAGCCUUUUGAUUUAUUUUAGGAAAAGGCCUAUUGUUUGUUGAUGACCAUGCUGCCUUAGAAAUACAAUGUGGGGAAUGUAGUUGAACAAGGCAUAUUUCAGAGAGCUUUGAAAUGCAGAACCAGAAGUGGCUGUAAUUCCCACAUACAUUUUCCAUUAGCUAUGCCUGUGUAACGUGAGCCCAGAUUCUCACAACCUGCAGCUUCCAUCAGUGUUGUUUGCCAACUUACUGGAUUUCUUAGUUUUCUUAUUCUUUUUCAACACUGGAUGCUUUAUUUCCAUUUUCUAAAACAGUGUUUCCUGAUUUUAGGAGUCUCGGUGUUCUGGUUCUGUCUCCCGAACCCAGAUGUCUCCACUGACAGUGUUUAUCUUUCGUAGAAUUUUCCCAGAAUAGACAUAGAUGUGAACUCCCCUUUUAUUUUAAUGUGAGGAAAAACCAUCUUUCAGAGACAAUGCACCAUUUAUAAAAGUGUUUCUAGGUGGGGAAAACCUUUUUUUAAAAGCUGGUUGUUCCUGAUCCAGGUCCUUUGCUCACUGAGUAAGGGCAAUGGAAAUAGACCACGCACAGGGGAAAUCAUUGUUAGUUAGACUCCGGCUUGUGCUUCUCCAACAGCCACUCUUACUAUUUAGAAGAGAUAAUCAUUCGCUUCCUAAGCAAGCACAAUUAGCUAAAUUUAUUUUCUUUUUAUGCAUUUAUAUUAAUUGGUUCAUCAUAAAGAAUAAGAUAUUCUUACAGAAUUUGAGCCCCUUUAAAAUAAGCUUUUAGGCAAUUUUUUUAUUGACUGUACCUUACAUACAGUAAAUUUAGAGUUACAGAAUAUGUUCAUAGGUAUACGAUUAGUUCACUUGAUUCAGUUUGUCUUUGAACCACACUUAACUCAUGAGCCAUUGAGUAUUAGUCACAAAUGAAUAGUGACACCUUGCUGUAUGCUGUGUUGAGAGGAGGCAGUUCUGAUCUCCACGUCACUGAUUAAGCUUCAUAGCUUUCUAAUCAAAAUACCAUUUGCAAACUCGAACUGCAGAUCUGUUAUGUGAGUCCCCCAAGGCAGGGCUUCAGAUUUGUUUUACAGAUCAGCAAUCAGGGAUGUUAUUCGUGGUGUUGGUAGGAGCACAGACGUUGGAGAGAAGAAAUUGUGGGACUUCCGCAGUAUUGAAUCGUGCAUGUGCAUUCAGGCCAGCCUGUCACUGAAUUCUGGCUGACAGAGGGUUUAGCCUGUUCUUUUCAUCAUACUGUGAGGACCUACGAACGGUUUCUGAUUUUCUGCAAGAUUGGAAAACAUUUAUGGAGACUUUCUCUGACAGUGUCAAUUUAAAUACUGCAAUUAAAACUUUCUGAAAUAACUGCAGCCGAAAAUUGGAAUGUGCCAGUGUGUCUGCUUUGCACCUGGAAGAUACUGUGUAUCUGGAAAGCUGUGUUUCUCUAAGUAAAUACAUUUUAUUAAGUAAGCCAUAUCACAGUUUUAAUAAAUUGUAUAUACUUUUACAUAUACCCCUUCAGAAACCAGUAUUUUGCAUAUGAUUGAUUUUAGAAAGUUUUUGAAGCUGGUGUUUGUCCAUGUAAUUUAAAAAUCAAAGUAUAGUAUAUGUAUAUGUACUGUAUUUGCAACUUUUAAAUUGUAAUUUCCUGUACAAUUAUGAAAUAAAGUAUUGUUUUGUCAUGUGGUUUAUUAAAAAAUAGAAAUGUACAGUCCCUUAAAUUAAA